GCAUACUUGAUCUGCGCUGCGCCCACUAGGAGUUGGAGACGUCGCUCGGCGGUUCGCAGUUUGUAUAUAAAAGCUACAACUCCACUGCGGUGGUUGUCGAGAUUUACAUUAGAAAUGGGUUCGAGAAUGUUGUGGGCUUCUAGGGCGGCUUCUUAUCUCAGGAUCUCUGUUUUCCGUAGAGGGUUUUCCACUGUUUUAAAGGAUCUGAAAUAUGCCGAUUCUCAUGAGUGGGUGAAGGUUACUGGAAAUGCUGCCACGAUUGGUAUAACCGAUCAUGCUCAAGAUCAUUUAGGUGAUGUUGUGUAUGUCGAAUUACCUGAAGUCGGAGCUUCUGUAAAGCAGGGAGACAGUUUUGGAGCGGUCGAAAGUGUCAAGGCUACUAGUGAUGUUAAUUCUCCCGUUUCGGGAAAAGUGGUUGAAGUUAAUGAAGAGCUCGCCAAUUCUCCUGCUCUGGUUAACUCGAGUCCAUAUGAGGAUGGAUGGAUUAUUAAGGUUGAGAUGAAUGAUUCCGUGUAGUUGAAAAACUUGAUGGACUCAGAACAAUACUUAAAGUUUUGCGGGAAGAAGAUUCAAAGCACUGACCUGAUGAACUCGGCAUGCUCGAUACCGAGGGUGAUGCUAUGCAGUGAGAGACAACAGCUAUAUAUGUAGCCAACCAGUUGAGAAAUGUUGCUUUCUGUUUCUGUUUCUGAUUCUGUUUUGGGUUUCGGAUUUGGUGUCAUGUUUUUUUCUUCUUAAACUUAGACGAAGGAAAUAAUGAUUUAGUGUAAUGGAAA